CCAAACUUCCGAGCCUGACAAGGACCAGCUGGCCCAUCUUCCUGCCAUCCAGAUCCUAGACUUGGAGCCAUCUUCAGUUUUCCACCUACAUAUCCGAACUCAGAACACAUUCUUUCACAUCCGAGUUUCUGCUUUUGGAUACCGCCAUGUUGACCUUUGCAGCGAUUUCACUAUUUCUAUCUGUCUCUGCCGGUGCCGUUAUCACGGACAUCCAGAGACCACCGAGUCAAGAUAUCAGCGUACCUACACCCGGACACAUCAACCAGACAAGAUUCACCAGUAACGAUAUGAACGACAUAACUUACCGUCUCAAUCACAAUACCGUCAAAUCCCUACUUCGUGACGCCUCUUAUGUUCUCCGUAGUGCGGGAAUUAGAACAAGAGAAUCAUACAUCUGGCUUCACCGCCAAGCAAAAUCCACAUUGCGAAUCCUGGCUCGACGCAAAAAACACGGCGAGAUUGCACCACCGCAAGCCCAGGAUAUACAUGUCUGAAGGUCGGAUCUUUGACGCUGAUCCUGGGGUCGUGCCGCAGAGUGCCAUCACCGCUCUAUACACAAGGACAAGCAUCACGCGAGGAGAAGAAUCGUCAAGACUACUGCAGUGAUAACCAAG